AAAACAAUGAAGACGAUGUCACUGCAGGAGUAAAUGAAGGAGAGAAAAUCAAUACUCCUGAAGUGAAUCGAAAUGAUGCUGAUGAAGAAAUGAAUAUAGAGGUUGGGGUGCCUGCAGAUUACAAGACUGUUGCUGAUGUUGAAGCAAAGAAUGAAGCUGAUAACAAUCCAUGUAAUGAUGACGUGAAGGCAUAUAGAAGAAAGAAGCUGAAAAAGUUAGGUGAAGAAUGUGUGAAUUACAGAUCCCCAUUUCUGAAGAAUAAUAGAAGAUUGUGUAAGGAUCUUAACAGGGAAGAAAAAAUAGUACUUGACUAUGCCUUUUCAAAAGAAGUUCUGAAUGAUUGUGUCUACCACGAUGACGGAGGUGUGUUUAUAACUCAUGAGGAGUUGCAAACCCUUGAAGAUCAAAAUGUAGACAACUCUAUUAUAGACGCAUGGGCAAGAAUUUUGAAUGACAGAGAAAAGUCAAGCAAUACUACAAAGCGUGCAUUCAUAGCUUCAACCAUAGUCUAUGCACAGUUUAAUUAUACCUCUGGUGACCCAAUUGAAAACAUGGUUGAAAGAUUGGAAAAGGAAAUGAAUGAAGCAGGAGCAGAUGUUAAGCAUCUUGAUAUGAUAAUGUUUCCAAUUCACAAGCAUGCGCACUACUACAUCUACUGCUUUUACCCAAAAAAUAACAUUGUUGAUGUGAUAGACAACCGCAUGCUUCCAGAUGGGGUGCCUUUUGAGAAUAAAUAUGCUGAAACUUUUAACAAUAUGGUUGCGGGGUUCAAAGUCUUCUGUGAGAAACUGAAACUUUCAGAUUCACUGCCACCAACAUGGGUUCCAAGAAUUUUGAUUAUGCCAUGGAGAAGUAAUGACAAUAAUACUGACUGUGGAGUAUUUGCCAUACGCCAUUUGGAGACAUAUCGUGGGCAGGGACACAGAUGGGAUUCUGGAUUUGCACCGGCUUCUACAAAGCAAGGAAUGAAAUCUCAAAAAGAAACCCUGCAAAAGUUGAGACUAAUGUAUGCUGCUCAAUUAUUAUUGUCCAAAUUUAACACUCAAAGGGACAUUGUUCUCAAAAAAGCAAAAGAGUACAUUACGCUGUAAGAUAUCAAUGUUGUGGAGCUACACAAAUGAUUCUGACAAAACAUUUGUUGGUUUGUGGAGGGCAUGAUGACUUGAAUUAUGUCAAAACAUUAUUUCAUUUUAUGGAGUAGGUGGUGAUGGUAUGGACAACUUAUAUA